UGUACGUAUAUACAUAUAUGUAUACAUAUGUACGUGAUUUUUGCAUAUACUAGACAACAAUCGUGUACUUCGCGCACUCCUUCGAUAUUUCUAUUGUUUAUUUUACAACUGUCCAAUUAUUGUGAUAAUUAUUAAAUAAUAUAUAAGUUCCUUAAUUUUCAACUCGUUAUAUUACUCAUUAAAUUAAUACAAAUCAUAAAUGAGUUUAAGGUUUUUUAUUAUACAAGCAAAGGAUGUAAAAAAUUAUAUAGGAUUUGCGUUAAAUGUUAUAAUAAAUAAAUAAGUAACUUCAAAGCAAACAUACAUAUCGAUAUACUAUCGAUAAAAUUUUUUUUGAUGUUCAAAUUAUUUAUCCAUUUUGUGUUGUUUCAAACUUCUAGUUAAAACUAUAUGGAAAAUGCAAUUGAAAAGAUAUUAAGUAGAUUUUCUGCUUUUAUAUAGAAAACAAAUUUUAUGAAUUUGCGAAGUUAAUAAUAGUGCAUAAUAUUCUUAAUAUCAUAUUCUUGUGUAUAAUUUUAAUAUGUAAAAAACCUAAUGAUUCGCAUAACCGAACCAAUAAGAAAAAGUGUUUUAGACGUGAUACAAUACAAUCUUCGCGCUGUAGAUUGUAAAACUUACAUUACACGAGUUAUUUACUUCGGAGAAUAUCAUGGAGCACAUGAAGUUUUGCGAAAAAGAAUGGAACAUAUUAUACACGAUUUACAUAUGGAUUAUAAUGACGUGCCUAUAACGGGAUUAUUUCUUGUUUAUCCAACAUGUUAUAUACACGUAUUAGAGCGAAUCGACGUUCAAGACGUGCUGUGGCAUUUAGGAGAUAAAGCGGCCCAAUACCUGCCUGAAAGCACAGUCCUCGAAUUUCUCUUGAGUGUAAAUUCACCUGUUCUGAAAACUAUCGAGGAAUAUCUGCAAAUGUAUUCCGAUGUGUCGCCCAGCGCGUUUUGGGACGAUAAUAAUGUAUGGCCACCGCCUUGCGAUAUCAUGCCACGCGACGUGUUCGACGAACAUGGUCAUCGAAAGAUUUCAUAUCAUCUGAACAGCGAAAAAUAAACGUGCUCUGAAAGUCAACAAGGUGUGAGAAAUAAUGAUAAAUUAUUUUUU